AUCGGAUCCCGCUCCAAUCCCAAAAAUUCAAAAAAAUUGGAUGAUCGCGCCAUCUGCAACUGUCGGGAUUAUGGAAGCAUUUCUUCCAUCUCCUGUCGAACGUACGGCUGCAACUGCUCUUCUCCGUCUCUCCAAUCUCUCCUCCAAACGUCUUCCCCCAUCGUCUUUCAGCAGUUGCAAUGAAGAAUCAUCUUCUUCCAGCGUCUCCGAUUCCUGCUCUUCUCUUCUCACGACCGAAGAUUCUUGCAAAAAGAUCGGAUCCAAUCAGCUGCAAGUUCUUGCAAUGGCUGCUUGUUACCGUGAGAAGAAGUGGAAGAUGGUGAGGAGUCGUUCGAAGAAGUGCUUCCGUGUUUCAAAUCGUAGGAUGGUUUUCUUCGGCGAACAGAAGAAAGUGGUAUUUCCUGUGUCAAUACCGGAAACUGAAGUGAGUUCACUGAUAUCAGGGGAUUCGAGUGCCGGUUCCGUUGAUAUGCAUCGGCCUCUGGUGAAAAGGCGAGUGAUGAGAGGGAGAAUGGUCAGUUUGGCCAAGUCAACUAGUCUGAGGCGGCGAGCGGAAGCCAUUUUGAACUUUCUAGGGGAGGGUUGCGCUUCCGAGCUUAGGAUUCGAGAAGCGAUUGGGAACAGCCCUGAUACCAGCAAAGCACUGAGAAUGCUACUGAGGCUGGAAGAAGUCAAGCGCUCCGGGGUAGGAGGUCGUAUGGACCCUUUCCUUUACGUGGUGGCAGGACCGCGCAGUGACUUGGACUUGGGUUGAACAAGUCCUAUUGCUUCACCGUUCUUUUGAAUUCUAUUCCCUUCAAAGUUUUGUUCGCCCGAGCUGUGAUUUUCUUCCCUUAAAGGUGAAGGGGAAGAUUCCCAGAUUACAGCCAUUCUCACCGAUUCAUUGUAAAACAAGUAGGAGCAAUUCACAGAGAAAUAACAUCGUCUUGCAUAUCCGUUAGCUUUUUCUAUGCUGCUUUGAGUCUCUGUAAAUUUUCUUAUUUUCCAAGUGGAAUAUGUUGACCACUCUCAUACAUUUGACUCA